UUUCUGCAUCGCUGGUGAUUGUGAUUGGUGAGAUUUCUGCCAAUCAGAUUCCGCGGAAUAUUUGUUGUAUCUAUGUUCACCAGGCUGAUACGUUAUUAAUAGCUUUAACUGAGUGUUGAAUCCCAGGUUCUUGACCUCAGCCACAUAGAACACCAAAGAUUACUUACGAAUAAGCUCAACAUAGACACCAUAUAUAAUGGAUGACAUUGUAAACGUGCCGUCCAACCUUCGAGAUGAAGCAAUACAAAAUAUCGAUGGACUUAACGUGUACGAUGCGGCUGCUCUUGAGAAAGGGGUCAUCGAUAAGUUGGACAAGGACUUGAAAGAAAAAGAAGAUGCAAAAAUUAAAAAGAAAAUCGACAAAAUAAUGCAGGAUGUCCGUUUAAUUAAAUCACUUCUGCGUCAAAACGAAAAAGCUCGUUCCAUGUUGCAAGAUAGUGAACACUCGAUGGCUCAUGUUGAGAAAGUCAAAGUUUUGCUGAGUCAGCGAAAUAAAUACGAGUCACAACUAAAGGCGUUGGAAUCAAAGAUUGGGGAAAUAAGAAGAGUUCAACGACUGCAGAACUUAACUCAAGAUGAUGUGAUGGAGGACUAGAAGACGACCUCGUUGUUGGGAUUCCCAAUGAGUUAUCAAGAUUAGACAAAGCCAAAGUCUCGGCAGCGAAAACUUUAAAACAACGGGCUGCACUUAUAAAGCAAGGGUUAGCCACGCCGUUCUCUUUCACUCCACACACUCCCUCCAUUCCAUCAACCUCGACAUUCCAACCAACUCCACAACCUCCCCCACAUAAGAAACAAGCCCUUCGAUUGGAUAAUUCAAGCGAAAACCCAUUUUUUACGGCGAUGGAUUCCGCAUUCAACCCGAAAACUGAACCCAAGCAAAAUCGACGUAAAACUAAAUCUCAAGGGCUCAUUGUGAGCAAUUUGCUGCAAAAACGAGCGCAAAGUGUGAGAGAAAA